AUCGGGCUUCUUCAUAAGAAAACUUUUGGAUUUAAGUGAUUUACUUCCUGGACUUUGACUAGACUCUUUUGAAAUACCCGCGGCAUUUGAGUCGAUCAAAAAUAAACAUUUUGUAACAUGAGACUGAAUUAACGACGAUGGAAAAUCGAUUUGACAUAUAGGACACGAAAUUUGCUCGUUGACAUUCAUGUUGAAGUCUGUAAAUGAAGGAAAAGAAUUACAUACGAAAUAUUUUCUUUUUAUUUAUAUAAUUCGCAAUAUAUAUAAUCUUUAUUGCGUUCUUUUGAACUUUCCUUCGACUUGCCGAUAUUUUCAACAUACCAAAGUUUCGAACGAUCGUAUGUUCUUUCAAUUUUCCACGAGAAGUCGGUGGAAGGCAAAAGAAAGCAAAAAAGAAUAAUAAUAAAUGAUGUCCUUACGAAAUUAAAGUAAAGAUUUUUGGUUAAAAGUACCGUUAUUUUAUAUAGCGUUGCAUUAACCUAAGCCAAUCGCUUGAGGGUAUAAAAGAGGACGUUCCUUCUAGCCAAAGGCUAUGUAUUCGUUCCCAUAGUUCAUGCAGUUUCACAAUCACCGAGUAGAAAAUAUGUAGCGCCUUUUACGUUUUAUUGGUGUAUUUCUCGAUACGAUACCGAUAAGAUCUUUUAUAAGAAAACAAAGAAGGAAGAAAAAAAAAGUCAAGAGAAUAAUACGACUACGAGUUUGGCAUCAAUCGAUUUAUGCACAUUAAUCGCUGACGUGGAUGGCAGCCGUUAGAAGAUUAACGUUCUCUAUAUAGUAGAAAGAGAACCGAUCGCAAGUAUUUACUUGUUAUCCUUAAAUAAUUGCAUCUCUUGGAAUAUAUCGUAUCGCUUAUUCUCGUGAUGGAAAUACGUCGCAGACGAGCAAAAACAAAUGAUAAUAAACGAUUAUUGCGACAAAGCGCGAAGUUUGAUUGCGAUGAAAUCGCUACCGGCGACUAUGUUACAAAUAGGAUCCAAAGGGAGGAGGGUGGCCAGGAAAUUUUAUUGCAAAAAACAAAUGAAAAGUAUUUGUUAGAAGAAGAACCUAAGGUAGUAAAUGAGGAAAAACGAGCUAGAAUAAAGAUAUAUUUGGAAAUUGAUCUAAUAGCUGUUAUUUUAUUGAUUGCUGGUCUUAUAACACGUCUUUAUAGAUUGGAAGAACCGAGAAGUAUAGUGUUUGAUGAACUACAUUAUGGCAAAUAUGUGGGCUUAUAUAUGAAACGAACAUUCUUUUUUGAUUCGCAUCCACCAUUGGGAAAACAACUUAUUUCUAUUGCUGCAUAUAUAGCAGGCUUCGAUGGACAAUUCAAGUUUGAUAGAAUAGGAAGUCCAUAUGCAGAUACAGUUCCCCUUUUUGCAUUGCGUUUAUUUCCUGCCCUAUGUGGUAGUCUAAUAAUACCAACCGCUUAUCAUCUUGCCCUUGAAUUAGGUCUGAAACAAUGGACUGCUAUGAUUGCAGGAAUACUUUUAUUGUUCGAUAAUGCUCUUCUUACACAAUCACGAUUCAUUUUAAUGGAAAGUAUGUUAAUUCAAUUUUCAUUGUUCGGAUUAUUAUGUAUAAUAAAGUUUAGAAAGGUCAUGGAUCAACCGACAAGUUUUUCAUGGUGGUUAUGGUUGUCUCUAGGAAUUGCAAGUUUAACAUGUGCUGUAUGCGUGAAAUAUGUUGGAUUCUAUUCAUUGAUCCUUGCCAUUUACCUCAUCACUAGAGAUUAUUGGUCUUUGAUACCUAGAAAAACUUUAUCUACAAUAAGAUUAUUUGGUCAUCUGUUAUUGAGAAUUGUUCUAAUAAUUGUUGUCAUGAGUUCUAUAUAUUUAGGUGUCUUCUAUAUACAUUUGGAAACACUUUCUAAAGCUGGUCCGCAUGAUGCAGUAAUGACCAGUGCAUUCCAGGCAAGUUUAGAAGGCGGCCUUGCAAGUAUUACUAAGGGACAACCAUUAGAAGUUACACAUGGUUCACAAAUCACGCUGAGGCAUACUUAUGGAAGAGCAUGCUGGCUUCAUAGUCAUAGUCAUAUGUAUCCAUUAAGAUAUCCAGAUGGUAGAGGAAGUUCACAUCAACAACAAGUUACUUGUUAUUCAUUUAAAGAUGUUAAUAAUUGGUGGAUAGUAAAAAGGCCAGAUAGAAAUGAUUUGGUUGUUACAAAACCUAGUGAGCCAAUAAAACACGGGGAUGUAAUACAAUUGGUUCAUGGUAUUACUAGUCGAGCAUUAAACUCUCAUGAUGUUGCAGCACCUAUGACACCACAAAGCCAAGAAGUGUCUUGUUAUAUUGACUACAAUGUAUCCAUGCCUGCUCAAAAUCUUUGGAGAGUAGAAAUAACAAAUAAAGAUCAGUCGGGUAAUAUAUGGCAUGCUAUUCAAAGCCAAGUACGUCUGAUACACGUAAAUACUGAAUAUGCAUUAAAAUUUAGCGGUAGACAGUUACCUGAUUGGGGUUUCAAUCAAUAUGAAAUUGUAGCAGAUAGAUUGGUAGAUCAAUCGAAUUCUAUUUGGAAUGUCGAAGAACAUAGAUAUACUAAAAAUGAAGAUCAAAAGCAAAGAGAAAGAGAACUUAUUAAUGCAGAAAUGAUACCAUUGCGUGCAACUACAUUAAGUUUUUGGGAAAAGUUCGUGGAAUUGCAAAUAAAAAUGUUAUUUGGCGGUCAAGAGGGACAAAAUAGUCAUAUGUAUUCAAGUGGACCAUUAGAAUGGCCACUUAUGUCCAGAGGCAUAGCAUAUUGGGUUUCUAAUGACAGCAAUGCACAAAUCCAUCUUUUAGGAAACAUAGCAAUAUGGUAUUCUGGUACAGCAGCUUUAAUAGUAUAUACUGUUCUUUUAAUAUUUUAUAUGAUGAGAAGAAGAAGAAUGUGUUUUGAUAUUAUUAAUGGAGAAUGGAACAGAUUUCUUAAUGCUGGUGGCAUAUUACUAUCUGGCUAUUUUUUACAUUUUUUACCAUUUGUAUUUGUAGAACGAAAUUUAUUUCUACAUCAUUAUUUACCAGCAUUUGUUUUUAAGGUCCUUUUAACAGCAGCAAUGAUAGAUCAUAUUUAUUAUUUAAUAAGACGGCAUACUAAUAAUACGAUUUUAUACGCAGUAACAUUUAGUACUAUUACAUGGCUAAUUUUUAUUAUUUAUGUAUUUCGAAAAUUUGGUGCACUAAGUUAUGGGACAAUACCCCUUAGUACCAAGGAUAUAUUGAAAUUAAAAUGGAAAGACACAUGGGAUUUUAUCAUACACAAAUCUUAAUAAUUAUAAUUUGACGUUAUAAAAAUUUUUAAUAUAUAU